ACGAUUCGCUUAGUUUACCCGAGACGAGCCCAUUCGAUUACUGCCAUUAUAAUACGUAAUAAACGUACCUAUCUAUCUUAUCGGACGAUAAGGGCGAAAAAAAGGUUGUCCCGAAUGUAUUUUCGCGACAAGCAGUGGCGAGCGGUACGGUUAAACGACACCGUCCUAUUUCUCUCGAAUGAGUAGUUGAUUGAGAAAAUGAACUGGAACGAAUUCGUGGUGGUAACCGAAAAAGUUCGUUUUGAGAAAAAAUCGGGCUGAAGAAGAGUCAAGGUGCAUAUAAGUAAAUGAAUAAUAGACGACGAGCCGAGUGAUAGGGCCAGUUAGUUAUUCAGGGUAACAAAGAAGAAAAUACAGCUGAUGGUGCGAGGGGACUCUCGUGCCUCGAAGCGGUGAAUGCUGCCGGUUUUGCAGAGCUCCAGAUCGCAGGAGUAAACAAAGACGUCGGUGAGGCCUAGAACGUACUUGGUGCGCCGUGCCGCGUACAGUCUCCGUACAGAAAAUCGGCUGUGACCGCUAGCAAUUUAUCGGUACAAACUAUACUGAUUCGACAUUACGCGGCGUCUCGCCCGACUUGCUUAUCUCGAGCAAAAGCUUGGCCACUGAUGGUGCUACGAUUGCUCCCAAAAGUACAUUGACGGAAGGUGCGAAAACUCAUAUAAAGGGCCAAAAUGGAUCUUGUUUACAUUCCGGAUGUACUGACAUUUGGAUUCUUCAGGAAUCCCCAGUACCGCGAUUACGAGCAAUCGUGGAACAGCAACUAUUUUAGCAACGACAAGAACGCUAAUCGUCAUAAUCGCCAGCAGCAGCAACAAAAACAACGACGCGACGGUUCAUCGAGCAAAGAGUCCUGCCAGCUGUGCCAGGAAAACAAGCGACGCAGCCUAGCGGCGUAUAUACGCAACAAGUCGCGUAACAAACCUUGUAGCGAGAUCUGCGAGGAGGUCGAGGAGGAGGUGCAAGAGGAGACGGAUGUAGCUUCGGCCGCGGUUCGGCAUCAGAAGCACCAAACGGACAACAAGCCCGAAAGCAAUAAGCAGUCCGCGGAUGCUUGAAACCAAUCACGGCCGCUUCUGCAAACGCGCACUUAUACAUCAAUAUAUAUUAUCUAUAUGUACAAAAACUGCUUUACCUUGUAAAUACGUUGUGUUGUAUGGUAAUGACGCGUGAUUUUGCUGACGAGAGGAAUACGUUAUACCUAUAGAGAGGUGCAUGAGCACUGAUGUACGUAUAACAAGCAAGUGUGGACGGGGUAUGGAAAAACUAAUGCCGAGUCUCUUGCAGCCAGCGCAGCGCAACUUAUAAUAAUACCUAUAUACUCUAUACUUUGGCGCGUGUUUUUGCGUUUCGAACGUAGUUACGUUGUUCAUAAACAAUCGUAUUCACCUUGAUGAUUCAUGUGUACCUAUCCGUAAUCACACGCUGAUUUCACGAUGCAUGAUAAACAUCAAUCGUAGCGUUUGAUGCUGUGUUACUCUUGCUAAUGAUGAUGUGUACUUUUUUUAAUUUUAUGCAAUGGUAAUUAUAGCUACUUGAGACAUUUGAGUACCUUAGAACAUAAGCUACAGUACUGUUUGCGAGCCCAUGGGCGUAUAUAAAUAAUACAAAUGUACAAUAUUGGUUGAAACAUAUACAGGUCCACGCAAAUAAGUUUCGACGCUGUGGCUAAUUUUUUUUAAUAUUUUCCAUUUCAAAACAUAGUAUAUGGAUGAGAAAAAAAUUUACAUACAUCUUUACCCUAAAGUUAUAAUAUUUUAACUGUACAGUUGUGACCAGCUAUAAUUUUUACCGUAUAAUCUUCGUGGCAGAAAAAUUCAUACGCUGUUUACUGUGAGGAUUGGAUAAUUUUUCCUUGAUUUAACGCGAAGCUAUAUACGGUACAAUUUACGAUUUUUUAAUUUUUUUUUCACCGUAUCUUUAUUUUCGUUCAUCUACGUACAAAACGACUGUAUAUAGCAAAAUUUUUUGUUUGACCAAAUAGCAUAGCAAAACGAAAGGUGUACACUGUACUGAUUAAUUAAACAAAAAUAAGGACCAAGUUUUGCGCACCUCAAAGGAAAAACAGCUUAUGUUACGUAGUUGAUCAGGAAAAUCAGUAGCAAAGGCAAACGUGACCCUACGAAAAAAGUGUUACGUUUUUAACGAAAUUAAAUUAAUUACACCAAUCGAUUCAUCGUUAAUUUCCCCAUCCCAUGGCGUUUUUAUAAAUUUCAAAUAUUAUUUUGAGGCUUCCUUCUAUUUAAAUAAACAUCUAUGAAACGAUAAAAACAAAAAAGUUGUCUGGUACGAAUAAAAAAAAGAAAAAGUGACACAAAUUUGGGUUAUUGGGUUACUACUACUUUUCGCCGUCUUUUAUGCCGAGUCAUGUCAGCCAGCAAGCCCCUAGGUUGCAAUAAGAAAAAAAACCUUUCGCACUUGCACUUUACUUUCUUUAGAAAUAGCGUGAGCUGAAAAUGAAUACUUAAAAAAAAAAUAGUUUUUAUCCUUUGAUGUAUUUGACCUUUUUAACUAUUGGAUGGACAUAUGCCACCACCAUGUUGUUGUACCAAUAAUAAUUAAUAAAUCACUUAUCAAAA